AUGAAAGAAAUUAUAUAUUUAGUGUUGAUUUGUAUAAUAUUUCACAGUUCCAAUGAAGUGAUAUUAUCAAGAGUACCAACACACUUGUUGGAUUGCUACCAGGGUGGAGGCCCAAUUUUAGGUGCUCCGAGGCGACUGGACGUUUUCUUAUCACUUCUAAGAAAGCUGGAGCAGAACUCUAGUCUCGAUAUGAGAUUGUUAAGUUCGGCUUUACUGAGAAGUCUUCGCCUUGACGGUAUUGAACAAUCAGCCAAUUCUGUAGAAACCGAUGUCUAUUUGCCAUACGGGGCUUCUGCAUUCCAAUUUCAUAGAUACAAGCUCCUCAUGGAGAUAUUUCUACCAAGUCAAGACUUAUUGAAUGUUAAUGAGACUUUGAGCACUGUAGAAAAAUGCACUCUUCACAAAAUGCUAAGUUCCACAGUGCAACGUUGGGAGAGGGGUGAUGAAAAUGUAGUAUGUCCCUUGUCAGCUGAGCGGAGACAUAUGGAACAGAGUGCUAAUAGAAUAAACAGCCGAUGUCCUAUAGAAGACGGUGUAAUCAAGACAGACUGGGGUACAAUUUCACCGGGCAUUCUAGUUGCUGCUCUUGCAUCGUCACUAGAGGCGCAGAGAGUUGAUAUAACAGAUAUAUUAGGAGCAGAUAUAUUUAAGGAUGAGGUAUCUCAAUCCUUAGUAGAAUCCGCUAAAGAAGAUUGGUACGACGAACUAGAACAAUUUGAUGUUAAAUCUAAAAGCCUUAACACAAACACGGAUAUAAGCAAUGUGUGGGUAGCAACUCUCGCAGGUGACUUAGCAGAAGUUGUGAUCAACCAAGGCGCGAGAGUGGGAGCGUCGGCACAGAAACUGAUGGUAGGCAGCAGCAAUCGUUGGAACGAUACAUUUAUUCCUAGAAAUUAUUAUCUAUUUCCUCAAAACGCUACUGUUCCUGAUUGGCAUUUUACUGAUGCUGAAAUUUUAGCUGGCAUAGACGGACUUAUCAUAGCUAAUUACUUACCUAAGUGGGUGGAACAACGACGUUCUUUGCGACUAUCGCAGGUAAUAGAGAUGUAUUACUCAAAUGAAGGAGUAUCUUUCGAUACAUCGGUACGAGCUUGUAACAGACAAGCUUUGUUUGCGAAUAUCGUCAAUGGCUCCCAGUUGUUCACAGAAACGUCUAGAUUUGCUCACAUGUUAUCACUCCAACAAAUAACUGUUUAUAUUCCAAAGGAGGAAAUGGAGAGAAUAACAACAACCGCGGUGGGAGUGUUCAUGAAUUAUGUCCCCAAUCUGCUAAGGCGGUCUCACCAAGAAUGUAAAUGGAGGCCAAUUGUUGCGAACGUUGACUUAAUAGUAGCAACUGAUGGCAGUUGGAAAGGAUAUGAAGUAGAACAGUUUAUGUCGUGGAUUAGUGAAGCUAUAGAAGUAGGAGCUCAGGGUAGCUCUAUAUCUCUCGUAAAUGGAAAUACUGGUGAAUGGAUAGUUCGUCCUACUAAUUUAACAGAGUUCUUUGUAAUGCUUACCAACGAUACAAUACAAUGGCCAAACCGCCUCAACCUUCCAAACGUUAUAUCCCGAAUAAUUGAGUAUAGUCGUGAUCAAACUCUUCAAGAUAUAUCUUUUAUGGUGAGUGCUGGUCGUAGUACAGUCGUCCUCAUUGUUACUUCAGAGAGACCCUCAAAUGACGAGUUGGAGCGCUCCAGAUCCUUGAUGCAUUCCUUGAGGCAGAGCUUCUAUGAUGUUUACUUCGCAUACGCAGCCACUGACAUGACAGAGUAUCAGAAUAUAAACAACCAGUUCAUGGAUUACUCAGAGCUAUUUUUAAAGAUAGACUCAAAUUCAGUCAUUGACGUAAUAAGGACCGUGGAUAUUCAUUUAGUAAAGAAUAUUAUUCCGUUCAGAAUAAUUGGCCCUCAGUGUCCAGUCAAUGGCACUAAUUAUUUACAAACACCAUAUGAGAAUUAUGUUCUACCAUACCGUGAACAGUUCUACCGCAUUCAUCCGUAUUACUUAAGGCAACAGCCGCUUAUCAAUAUACAGUUCCGUAACGACGGUCAGGGGCAAAUACUGGUGUGUUUGUGGCGCGGAGCUGAAGUUUCCCGCAACUGUCAAAUGAUAAAAGAGAGGGAUGUUUAUACAUUUAAUCUAACAGACCCUUGUCCUUCGCCCGAAUUUUGUCCUCCUGCUCAUCUUUCAGUAAAAGCUGUAACAACAUUAAACUCAUGUGCAAAUAAUGAUUGUCGCCUGCCGCACCAAGUUGGUUAUUACUUCCAACAUUCUGGCUUUAGAUGUUUGCCUCUUUUGGGAGCCGCGGCCUUUGUCAAGCCGUUUAUGAAAGUUCAAAUUGUACUUUCACUCAUGAUCUCAUUCCUAUACUAUUUCUGUUAA